AUGGCAGCUGAACUGCUCCAGCCCUGUGCAAUGAAGCCGGUGCGUCUCGGAGAGGCUACGAUGGGCUUUCUGAUACACAGUGUCCAUAACAACACUGAAGGGGCCACUGAGAGUGUGUGUGGGGCCACAGCCACACUCCUGCUGCUGUUACUGUGCCUGCUGCUGGCCAUCAAACACAAGACAGAGAAAUCACAUGUACCAGGUCCUUGUUUCCUUCUGGGUCUGGGUCCACUGCUGUCUUAUUGUCGAUUCAUCUGGUGUGGGAUCGGAACGGCCAGUAACUAUUACAACUCGAAAUAUGGAGACAUUGUGCGGGUCUGGAUCAACGGUGAGGAAACACUCAUCCUGAGCAGGUCCUCAGCUGUGUAUCAUGUACUAAAGAGAUCUCUCUAUACUUCACGGUUUGGCAGUAAACUGGGUCUGCAGUGCAUUGGGAUGCAUGAACAGGGAAUUAUAUUUAACUCAAACAUUGCACUCUGGAAGAAAAUCCGCACCUUCUAUGCUAAAGCUCUAACAGGUCCAGGGCUUCAGAGGACUCUAGAGAUCUGCAUUUCUUCCACAAACACACACCUGGAUGAUCUGUCUCACCUGACAGAUGCUCAGGGACAAGUAGACAUCCUCAACUUACUGCGCUGCACUGUGGUGGACAUCUCCAACAGACUGUUUCUCGGGGUCCCUCUCAAUGAGCGAGAUCUGCUUCACAAGAUUCAGAAGUAUUUUGACACCUGGCAGACAGUACUAAUCAAACCUGACAUCUACUUCAGACUGGACUGGCUGCACAGAAAGCACAGACAAGAAGCUCAGGAGUUACAGAAUGCCAUCACAGCUCUUAUAGAGCAGAAGAGAGCUCAACUGUCACAGACAGACAAACUGGACCAUCUCGACUUCACUGCUGAACUCAUAUUCGCCCAGAGUCAUGGGGAGCUGAGUGCUGAGAAUGUCAGGCAGUGUGUGUUGGAGAUGGUGAUUGCAGCUCCGGACACUCUCUCUAUCAGUCUGUUCUUCAUGCUGCUGUUACUCAAACAGAAUCCAGACGUUGAGUUCAAGAUCCUGCAGGAAAUACAAAUCGUCUUAGCUGGUAAGAGUCUGCAGCACUCACAUCUGUCCAGAUUACACAUUCUCGAAAGUUUUAUCAACGAGUCGCUCAGGUUCCACCCGGUCGUGGACUUCACCAUGCGCCGGGCGCUGGAUGAUGAUUUCAUCGAGGGCUACAGAGUGAAAAAAGGAACAAACAUCAUACUGAACGUGGGCCGGAUGCACAGAUCGGAUUUCUUCCCCAAACCAAACGAGUUCAGUCUGGAUAACUUCCAGAAAAACGUGCCGAAUCGUUUCUUUCAGCCAUUCGGAUCAGGUCCACGUUCAUGUGUGGGGAAGCACAUCGCCAUGGUGAUGAUGAAGUCCAUACUUGUGAUGCUGUUGUCUCGUUUCUCUGUGUGUCCAGUGAAGGGCUGUACUGUCAACAGCAUCCCUCAAACCAACAACCUCUCGCAGCAGCCUAUGGAGGAUCAGCCCUCCACUCUCAGUGUACAGCUGCUCGUCAGAAACCUCAAACAUACUGGAUGA